AUUACUCCCAAGGCUAUCUGUGCUCUCACUUUCACUCCCCUCUCUCUCUCUCUCUCUCUCUCUCUCUACAAUGGGUACCAAAUCCAUUGCCAUUUUCUUCUCACUCCUCUUCUUUUCUCUCUCUACCUCUCUCUCUCAACCCCUCCAAUUCCAAACCCUCUUCCUGCAAUCUCUCCCAAAACCACAGUCCCUCUCAUGGACAGAUUCAGAAACCCUCACCGCCGAAUCCGACUCCGAAACCACCCUCUCCGUACAGUUACACCACCGCGAUUCUCUCUCCUUCAAUGCCACCCCAGAACGCCUCUUCCACCUCCGCCUCCAACGCGACGCCGCUAGGGCCAAAACCUUAUCCUCCGCCGUCUACGGCAACACCACCGCCGGCCGCGACUUCAGCAGCUCCAUCAUCUCCGGCCUUGCUCAGGGCAGCGGCGAGUACUUCACCCGAUUGGGCAUCGGCACUCCUCCCAAGUACUCCUACAUGGUGCUCGACACCGGAAGCGACGUCGUUUGGAUCCAGUGCUCCCCGUGCCGGAAAUGCUACUCUCAGACCGACCCGGUCUUCGAUCCCACCAAAUCGAAGUCGUUUUUGGGGGUAUCAUGUGGGUCCCUCCUGUGCCGGCGGCUCGACUCGCCGGGCUGUAGCAACCGUCGGAUGUGUCUCUACCAAGUAUCGUACGGCGACGGUUCGUUCACGUUCGGCGAUUUCUCAACCGAAACGCUGACGUUUCGGAGCACCCGAGUCCCCAACGUUGCUCUCGGAUGCGGUCACGACAAUGAAGGGUUAUUCGUCGGCGCCGCCGGGUUGUUGGGUUUGGGCCGGGGGAAGUUAUCGUUUCCGACUCAAACCGGUCGCCGGUUCGGCGGCAAGUUCUCGUACUGUUUGGUGGACCGGUCGGCUUCUUCUAAACCGUCUUCGGUGGUUUUCGGUGACUCGGCGGUCUCGAGAACCGCCUUGUUCACUCCCUUACUCACAAACCCAAAGCUCGACACUUUUUACUACGUCGGACUCACCGGAAUCAGCGUCGGAGGAGUCCGAGUCCGAGGCAUUACGCCGUCGCUUUUCAAGCUCGACAACACCGGAAACGGCGGCGUCAUUAUCGACUCGGGCACCUCCGUCACCCGCCUGACCCGACCCGCUUACAUCGCCCUUCGCGACGCUUUCCGGGCCGGAGCAUCCGGAUUGAAACGGGGGCCCGAGUUCUCGCUCUUCGACACGUGUUUCGAUCUCUCUGGCAAGACGGAGGUGAAGGUGCCGACGGUGGUGAUGCACUUCGUCGGUACUGACGUGUCGUUGCCGGCGUCGAAUUAUCUGAUUCCAGUGGACAGUAGUGGUAGUUUUUGCUUUGCGUUUGCGGGUACAAUGAACGGGUUGUCCAUAAUUGGGAAUAUCCAACAACAGGGGUUCCGGGUCGUGUAUGAUCUUGCGGGUUCGCGGAUCGGGUUUGCUCCACGUGGGUGUGCUUGAUUUGGAUAUGGGUUGUUUGGGAGAUGGGAAAACUUUUUCCCCUGCUAAGUUAUCUUUCUUUCUUUUCUUUUUCCUAAUCUUUGAGGGGAAGAUACUGAUAAAGGAGGAAGAGAUGAUGUUUUUUUUGUUUGUAGUGUCCUGCUUAAAUUAUUGCUGCUUAAAUUAUUGCUUUGAUACAAGGCAAGAUAACCCUUAUAAAGUUAUGUUGUUUAGUUUUUUAUAUAUUACUUUUUGAUUUGAUUUA